AUGUCGGAUAUUGGCCACCGAGAUUUGGCCUCGGCAUCAACCGAAUCACCUCGGAACGGGCGCUCCUUACAGACGCAGAGUGCCGCACGAACAGCCACGGCCGUUGUGUCGGGUUCGCAAACGCUGGUCGAGCCUGCGUUGACAUCUGCUCCCGUCCAGGACGAAAUCGUCGGCACAAUUAUGCUGACCGGAGGCGUGCUGGAAAACCGACGGGUCCAGUGGGAUGCCUCCGUGCAGGACAACGAGGGAAUGGGGAAAAAGAGCAGCAAAAUCUGCUGUAUCUUCAGAAAGAACCGCGCCUUUGAUGAGUCUUCUUCAGAAGAGUCUGACUCGGACUCGGACGACGAUCCCCGCAGGCCCAACGCAUACGAGCGAAAUCCAAACCGGAAAAAGAAUGUCCGCAGACCGAAUCCGCACUCGCACUCGCACGGCGAUGGCCCAUGCUCGAGCCAUGAUCAUCAACACUAG